AUGUUCUUGGUGUCUAAAUAUUUGGAUAUCGCCUGUGCAUUCGAAGAAAAAACACUUUUCUGCAGUGGAUUGUGCAGCCUAACAAGCCUAACAUCGUCACCCAAAGCACUCAUGCAAGGAAAAUUCCCGCCAAAAUCGCCAUCAAACAAUUGCCUUCCAUCUGUGACGGGCACAUCACCUCAGGAACUGAAAGUGGCGGAGCUUCAACCAGCAACCAGAUUUGCUUUAGCCAGUCUCUCAGCUUGCGUGCUUCGCCUUGAUUUCUGGGAUGACGAGGAACCCGGUAGUAUAUUCUUCUCAAAGGUAGCAUUCGAGAUUGUUGUAAGCCAUUUGGAAAUCUCCGAAAAAGCCGUUCGAACGAUCAAAACACAUUUAGAGAGUGCGGAAGACCUACCGGACUUGGUUGCCUUGAUCACUACUAUCAAAAACGACCCUUUAGUUUUUCAAAAUGGAACAAUAACUGUGCUCAGCAGUCUUCUAUUAGCAUUUAUCAACUCAGAUAUCGAGUGUAUCUACGUCAUCUCUCAACUCUUCUAUGUGUGGUAUGGAACGAUUUUGAAAAUGUGGAAGACUCGUUUGCAUCAACUCUGGUACAACAAACUUUUAUCGAGUCCAAGAUUGACAGGUGGAUUGGCUGCUCCACUCGUGGCGGCUGGUGCAGGUGCCAUUAUCGGUACAGCAGGAGCAGCGGGGAUCGCCACCACCGCAGGGGCAGCUGUCCUUGGGACCACUUUCGGAGUGGCCGGAGCCGGUCUAGGCGGCUACAAAAUGAGCAAACGGGUUGGAGCCAUUGAAGAGUUUACGAUAGAGUCUCUUUCUGAAGGAUUGAGUCUUCAUUGUGCCUUGGCAGUGUCUGGUUGGAUUGACGAAAACGAGUCUUGCGAAAUGUCUUUCAAACAACAAUGGAGGUAUUUGAAUCUGUCACUAGAGCAGUACACUCUUCGCUACGAAAGCAAAUACCUCAUUGAGUUGGGAGAGGCUAUGAAUUAUAUCAUGAGCAUCGCCUUAUCAUUGGCUAUCCAAAAGACAUUGAUGGAAACUGCGUUGGCAGGUCUAAUGACAGCCGUUGUUUGGCCAGUUGCCAUACUAUCCUGCGCUAAUGUAUUGGACAACCCAUGGAAUGUAGGCAUAGCUAGAGCCGCAGAGGAUGGCGAACACCUCGCAGAGGUCCUCCUUAGUCGUUCACAUGGUAAGCGUCCCAUAUCACUUGUGGGUUUUUCGUUGGGUGCAAGGGUUAUUCAUCACUGCCUUCUUGCAAUGAGUAAAAGGUCGGAAGCAGCAGUUUUGCGCGAUGUUCACAACGGAACUACAACAAAUUACGAAAAAAUCACACGAAUGGAACGAGUAUGUGAUUGCGAUUGGAUCAGAUAA